GUGAGGGGAGUAACGGCUGCCGCUGGCACGCUGCUGUAUAGGCCAGCGUCUCCGGGCCGCCCGCCCCACCGGGAGGUGGCUGGAGGCCGUUUCCGCGCGUCCCUCCGGGCGCGGGGGGGUGAGGCGGGAGAGACACCCCCCUCCGCACCCCGGGGGAGCUCGGGGAGGCCGGGGGCAUUUUUCGGUUGGAAGCGGCGGCUGUGGGUGGUACUCGAUGGCUGAGGUGCUUCGGUGUAACUUGGCGAGCCGCGGAUGGAAACAGCUCCUCGUCCGGUAGUCCUGUUGUUAUUGCGCUCCCGUUCAAUUAAUCUAACGGCUUCGGUUCAGCUUCCCUAGCGUUGUGUUCCCGUGCCUCGCACUCCUCUGGGUCUGGGUCCACAACGACUGCUUCGUUUCUAUGUAUAUUUUUUUUUUUUAGCAGCCGGUCUCGUCCUUCGCAGGCAUAGCUACUGUGCCAGGGGACUGAACGGUGCGGGCCUUGCAACAGAAGGAGCAAGACUGGGAGAAGAGGGGAACGACUGUGCUAAAAUAAGCAUAAAUGGUUGUGGAGCAAGUCUGGGAAGCUUUCCGUUGGCACAAAGAGGGAGGAUUGUUUUUUACUCGUGCUGCUUAUCUGUGGUUAUUGUUAUGAGCUGCAGCAGUAUAAACACGGAUAGCUAAUUGUUCCUAUAAAAACUCAGUUGUCGUGACUUAACGUGUUACCAUGCUCCUGUAGCUUGUUCCAGCUGCGGAAGCAUAAAUACAUUGUUCCAAACUCUUUUCAAUGCAAUUAAAACGAACAAAUUGGGCUUGGUGGUUGGUCAGAGGAGAAGGUGUACAAAUGCCACUUGUUAGUACAGCUUAGUUGAAGACUAUCGAUUCGUCUGUUCGCAAUAAUGUGUCUGAAGUGUAAAUGUACCAGCUGUGACGCUCCUGGUUCUGUGCGAGGUCAGCUUGUGUGCAGCUGUGCUGUCUUCAUGGAACUUCAUAUGUCGUUCGCAGACUUGUCAAUGUCAUCGUUGCCAUUAAGAACUUGCUAGAAAAGCUUGGAAGAAAACUUGAAGAAAAACUUUCGUAUCGGUUGCAUUAGGUGAAAAGUUCCGCAAUGAGUAAACGCAAGUCAAAGGAGAGCAGUGGAGCAAAUGGAGAAUGUAUUUCGCAGGAGGAAAACCUUUUCCCUUGUGGAUGGACAAUGCUGACUGUUCAUUAAAACAGAAUAAAUCUGGAAAUUAAAUCAGUAAGACUUUAGUAGAACAACAAGAGUACUGAAAAAUCAGGUGCAAAAAAUUUUACGUGAAAGAUUCUGUCACCGUUGUGCUACUGGAAAACUGUUUGGGAUUGAACAUCAGUACAGUGAAUGUUGCCUGGUUUGAAGUUUUUUAACAUAUUGCUGUUGUCAACACAGGCAUCUGCUGGAACUGCUGAAACGAACUAUAGUGCAUGGAGAAAGUAAUUCUGCCCUCAUUAUUGGACCCCGAGGAUCAGGAAAGACUGCGGUAUAAACAUUUAUUAAAUCAUGUCUUAAAAGAGCUCACAGAAAUGAAACAAGUUAGAGAGAACCUCUUGGAAGUUCAUCUGAAUGGGCUUCUGCAAACCAAUGAUAAAGUGGCCCUGAAGGAGAUCACUAGACAGUUGCACCUGGAAAAUGUGGUUGGGGAUAAAGUUUUUGGCAGUUUUGCUGAAAAUCUUGCGUUCCUUCUUGAAGCUUUAAGGAAAGGAGAUCGAACUAGCAGUUGUCCAGUCUUGUUUAUACUGGAUGAAUUUGACUUAUUUGUUCAUCACAAGAAUCAGACACUGCUCUAUAACCUCUUUGAUAUAUCCCAGUCAGCACAGACUCCAGUAACAGUUAUUGGACUCACUUGUAGACAGGAUAUCCUGGAGCUCUUGGAGAAGAGAGUAAAAUCAAGGUUCUCUCACCGACAGAUAUAUUUGACGAAUUCCUUUGAUUUUAAACAAUACAUUAGGAUAUUCAAGGAACAGCUUUCUCUUCCUGCUGGAUUUCCUGAUGAGUCUUUUGCACAAAAAUGGAAUAAAAACGUUCAGCAUCUCUCAGAGGAUAAAACUGUGCAAGACAUGCUGCAGAACCUUUUUCGCCACACUAAAGAUCUGCGCUCACUUCAUUCGCUGUUGAUGCUCGCUGUAAGUAACGUUACUGUGCAUCACCCGCUUAUCACUGCGUCAGAUCUUCAUGAGGCAAGCAAGCAGUCUAGAAUGGACUCAAAAGCAAAUAUUGUACAUGGUUUGUCUGUCCUGGAAAUCUGCCUAAUUAUAGCUAUGAAACACUUAAACGAUGUUUAUGAAGGAGAACCAUUUAACUUCCAGAUGGUUUACAACGAAUUCCAGAAGUUCAUACAAAGGAAGGCGCAUUGUAUGUACAACUUUGAAAAGCCAGUUGUCAUGAAGGCAUUUGAACACCUGCUACAACUGGAAUUAGUAAGACCAAUAGAAAGACCAUCUGUACGUGCUCAGAGAGAGUACCUCUUAAUGAAACUGCUUUUGGACAACAAUCAAAUCAUGGAUGCUUUGCAAGCGUAUCCAAACUGCCCGACGGACGUUAAACAGUGGGCAGCCUCGUCACUCAGUUGGCUGUGAGCUGUCUGGAACUUGCGGUAUCACCUUCUAGAUCCAAGCUUUUGGAGUUAGCUGUAACUCCAGAAGAUGUAAUGUUUACCUUACCCACAGCAGGGUGUUCAGAUUAAUAAAUAUUUGGAAGAA